UCACUCUCGGGAUUGGCCAGCCACCUCGGAGAGGCGGGGCUCCAAGCUUGGAGGGAGUUCAGCACGAAGCGUCUUCUUUUGGCUGCGGGGCUGUAACUCGGGGCUGUUUGUCAGCAGGGCGCCGCAUUAAAGAGCAAGGCGAAGAGGGGCCUCGCCUAGUGCGGGAAACGAAACAAACAAACAAAGGAGAGAGAGGAGGGGCCCCGAGGAGCCUAGCCGCAGUUUACAGGAGUUUACGCGAGAGGGGCUUUUGGGGAGCCUGGUAAAGUUUGCCUCGGGACCUGAGCAGCUGUGAACGGCGGCGGGACCAUGCAGAGCCUCGCCUUCUUUGUCUCCCUAGCGGCGCUGCUGCUGCUGGCGAUCCGUUGCAGGGGACAAGACGAAUUUGAUUUGUCAGAUGCACUUCCAGGAAUUGAAACGACAAAGGCGCCUGCUUCACCUCCCAAAAAGCCACCAAGUGGUGAUGACUUUGAUUUAGGAGAUGCCUUUGAUGACUCCAACAAUCCUUUACCACCACCAUCUCCUGCACCUAAGCCAAAACCUGGAAGUCAUGGCAACACUGGCGGCCUUAGUGAUUCGGAUUUAUAUGAUGGUGAUUUGCCUCCAGAAAAGCCACCAGCAGGCCGUGCUUCUAACCCUUCUGCAGGUGGACAGGGUGAGGGCUCCAGCGGAAAUACAGAAGGUUCUCAAGGAAUGCUAGCUGGCAUUAUUAGCUCAGUACUUGUGGCAGUAGUAGGAGCUGCAUCAAGCUUUAUAGCUUAUCAGAAGAAAAAGCUCUGCUUCAAAGCUAGUGAUCAAGAGAAUGUUAAUAUGGAAAGCCAACAAGGAGCACAUGCAGAGCCACCUGUUCAACGUACACUUCUGCAGAAACAGUAGUGAACUUUAAGAUGAAGAAAAGACCAGAAACUGGAUAGAGAACCUGCAUCUUUCCCUGAAUACAACACAUUUCAAGCAGAAAAAUUGAGUUGCAAAGUAGAGUUAAAUAGUCCUGUUGAAACAUCUUUUGAAAGGAAGAAUGAUGUUUUAACAAAUCCCAAUACUUGCAUUUGUGGUUUACCCUUGGAACUUCAAAAAUUGCAUCCUGGCUGAUUAUUCGCUUUAGAAUAUAUUUUUGUUGAAAAUUGUUGCCUUUGCCUGAAGUCUCAUCUUUUCCUUAUGGCAAGAUGCUUAAAGUGGGGGAAGAUGUUAGUGUAUAUGCUAGCAAAAUGCCUUUCAGCAGGCAAGAGCAUGGACCACAGAGACAUGCAGUGCAUCUUUGUACAUGAGAUGCACAUCACACUAUCUUGCAGAGUCUCUAUCAGUAAUGUUCAGGCUACUCCAUUGUUAAGAAUAGAGUGUAUGUUUGCCCUUACCACAUCACUGCCCUCAAGUGGAGCAUUUUAGUUUCCCCCCAUAGAAGGACAUGGCAAUCAUUCACAUACAUGGGAAAGAAGUCAAGUCUUGCACUCAAUGGUAUGGAAGCUUAGCCUUGUCCCUGGUGAGUCCAGCUGUUGACCCUGUUCAGAUGACAUGCUAAGCCACAGUGGUUAAACAUUCUGAGCUAAACAUUAUGGCUUAGCGCGUUGUGUGAACUGUUCCUAACCAUGGUGGAUACAGAACCACAGUUUAAGCACGCUCACUAACCGUUUGCUGCAAAAGGGUUAGCGGCCUAACCAUAGCUUAGGGUGUUGUCUGAACAGGCCCAUUAAGAAUCAAUUCUGUUUCCAUCUGCAUAGCUGUAUCGUGGCUUCUGUAUUUCAGUUACAUUUAGAUUAUUUGGGGAUAGGUUCUUAAAUUCACAUACUUGCCUUUCAAGAAGUAAUUCAACUCUAAUGGCCUUUUUGAUUUUGAAGGAACUCUUAACAUUAUACCUUUGCCUUUCUUUACAUACAACACAUAGGAAGCAAAGGUGUAAUACAUGUUGCCUUAAUAAUUUCUCACCUGAAACUGAUUUUCUAAGAAAAAUCCUUUCUAGUAUAUGUUGCAUUUACGGUCUUUUGAAUGCAAAAUAUAUACUUGCUAUAUUGGAUUAAAAUCUAAGUAUGGUAAUUGAAACACAAUCUCUCCUUAUUCCCCCUGCCCCAUCCUUUUCUUCUGGCAGUAAAGCCAUGCAUAUGAAGUUGCUCACAAAUACCCAACCUCUAUUUCUAAGUCUGAAUUGUGUUAUACUAGAAAACCAAAAUUAAUUUACCCAAUGCAAUUACCAGUUUAAACUGUGUGCUAGCAUGUGCCUCUGACUUGCCUCUUUAUUAUUCACAAGUGCUCUGCAAGUUCUUUGUUUUACCAAAAAGUUAUCAUUCAUCUGACUACUUAGCUAUACUUUUCAACAAAUACGUAAUACACUUCUUAUAAAAAGGCUUAUUUGUCCAAUUGCAGAUGCCUUAUAAGCAUUACACCUUGAAGUGCCAUUAAGAAAACCAGUAGCAAGUAAUUGAUCCGAACAAUGUGAACUUCAUAUUGAUUCGUUUAAUGGAGAGAGAAAAGCCUUUAUGGCUACUGGGAAAAUGUAAAUGGACUAUUUUAGUUAGAUGUAACAAUGAUUAACAAUUCAUCAGAUGGAACAAUCUCUGUUUCUAUGCCUUAAGUUUUAAAAUUGCAUCUUAAAAUCUGUAGUAGCUGACAACAAAAAUGAAACUAGCUAUAUCAUGGAAUGUUAGCUCCAAACUGUUACUGUUUGGUAAUUCAUAAUUUCUAGCUAACCGUUGUGCCAAUGUAAAUUAAACCAGUUAUCACACAGACUGAUUUCCAUAUGCUUGGCCUUCUAGAGCAAAACAUUAUUAUAUGGCAAUUUCCUUUUUAAACUAGAUGAAAACCAGCUACUUACGUAGUGCAUAAAUCUUUAAAUGUGCCCCUCCCCCUUAUAGUGCAUUGUAAACAAAAGAUCAGUUUUCCAACACAUCAACUGAGGUAAAUAUAAGUUCUGCACCAAAUGAAUGCCGGUCUAAUAAAUUUAGGGUGGAAUCCUAAGUAUAUUUAGACAGAAAAAAGUGCUACAACUCUCAGCAUUCUUCCACCAUGCUGGAAAACUGGAAAAUGCUGGGCAUUGUAGGACUUCUUUUCUGUCUAUAAACAUGCAUAGGAUGGCGCCCUUAAUUAGAAUACUGAAUUUUGAAGAAAAGUGUGCAUGAGACAGGUGAUAGAAAAUUGCUUUUACUAAGUGGCAAUACAUUUUAUAUGAUAAUUCAUUGUGUAAACUAGGAGCAAUGUUAAACUUAAAUAUUUGAUUGCUGCUGAUUCCUGAAGAUGUUUCCAUGUUAUUCCUGAAAAAUGACUUAUCCCAAAACACACUCAUUCAUACUUUGUCACAAAAACAGUAAUGAAAUCAUGUUCUGAAUUUGUGCCCAAUAGCUCAGUAUAUUCAUAUUUUACUUGGAAGUUCCAUACAGCUUACUUCUGAGUAAGUUUGUGUAGGAAUAGCUGAACUCUUUUAUGUGUACUUGGAGGUAAAUUCUAUUGGACUCGGUGAGACUUAUGAAUAAAUAUCUGUGUGAUCAGGCCAUUAAUCUAUAUAAUGAGAAACAUUGUCAUAGUUCAUCCUAAUAGUACUUUGUGUAUAUUAUAUGGUAAAACAACAUAAAAUAUAUCAAUAGCUAUUUGGGUGUGUUUAGUUUUCAAUUAGAGUUAUGGCUCCUUAGAAUGUAAGAACUUCUAAAAAUUUGGUAAUUAAGAUCUAAUUGUGAAUUCUUUUUUUAAUAAACGACUCUAAAACAA